AUGAGAUUCCUUCUUCCUUUGGUAUUGAUCUCAACCAUCAGCAUUACAGAUGGCCAAAUAAGUGCCAUGUUCGGGAAUCCCAUUCAGGCCCCAAACUGUGAAUCAUGGUCCGAAUGGGGACCAUGUGUAUUCCAACGGUCCUACUUCGAUCAGCUGCUGCCCGGAAGAAAAGGUUGUCGGACGCAUGUUUUCUUCCGUCUUUUGAAAGAUCGAUGGGGAACGGCCUUCAACAAUUUCUACAACUACCUACGUGAAAUUACAAUCAGCGAAAAACAAUGUGGUGAGUGCUCGUAUCAACAGAGCUGUGGACGUCAGUGCCAUCGACGUGGCGACGUCUCUAUGAUCAAUCCCUUGUUUGUGGCCGAACGUCGAUGCAUGGGAAUCGACCAAAAUAAGGCCUGCACAUCGAAAUUCAUGACGGACUGCAAGUUGUGGCCCAAUCCCAAAAUACAGCUACCCAACGUCACCGAAAGUAUGCAACAGAUUAUCGAUGGUCUCGACUACCUCUCAUGUGUCCCCCAACAUCGACCAAAUGGUUCCGUUUGCCGUUGCUGCUGUCAUCCAUAUACGCCAAAUCCACAGACGUUUGAAUGUGAGCUAAAGCCGUUUAUCAACAAAAACUGA